AUAAAUGCUGUCUUUUUUCUUCUUCACACCAAGUGGUUGUCAGAGCGCUGAAAAAACACAAAAUAUACUCAACUGUGAUCGAGCCGACUGUGAUUGAGUCUCGAGUGCUUCGCGUAUUCUUCGUAUUUUAACAUUGAGCCCUCGUUCCAAUCACGAGAAAGUGACUCCCCUCUAAACCCCCAAAACUCCACGUGGAAUUAAAAAAAAAACUCUUGAAAUUUCGACCUCGGAGUGAAUUCCUCUCGUCACCAGUCGCACUCCCUUUUGGAGUCCCGACAAGUUCUCUCUCCCCGGACUUCCGAAUUUAUCGCAAAUAAAAUCCCUUGGGGACUGGAUUUUCCGGUCAAUCAGUGGUUUUUUUAUAAUCACGGAAAAUUCGAGGGGCCAAAUUGGGGAGUCAUCGUCACUCCCCGUGACUCGCGGAGUUUUCGUCGAGGACCGGAGGCCCAGGAGUCACCGAAAUAACGGACAGUAGAUCGUCCGGGGAUUGGUGAACCUCAGGUGAAGAUUGUUGAGAUAAAAUUCGGCUGGAAAAUAGAGACAUCGUGAAGUUGAUGAUACUGUCACGAGCGACAUUUCCAUGGCGGAUCAACGUGACAAUGGUCAAUUACUCGCACGAGAUAAUGAUAAUAAUGGGGACAAUCAGGUGGUGAACGAGUCGGACCCCUCAGCCCGCCCGAACAACCAGCCGAGCCGAUGGGAGUCGUUCUUCGCGGUGGCAAAGUCCCUGAUAGUAAGAUCCCUCAUCAUCUACUUCAUCACCUCCUUCUUCAGACGCGCCCCAACGGACCCCGCCUCCUCGAGCCUGGGGGCCUCAGCCCCAGGAGCUCGCCUCCCCGCAGUAAACAUCUUCGAGAACGGCACGGCCUUCGACCUCUGGGUCUUCCUCUCGGAGUCCGAGGACUUCAACUCCCAGGACGAUCGCGCCCUGGACCACCUAGUCUGGCACGAGAGGAACCUCAUCUACGGGGACUGGUACUCCGGCCCCACCAGCGAUGGAAUCCGCACGAUGGACUACACCUUCGAGCCCUCGAAGCGACUCGUCAACAACGGCUCGAUCUACAUUCACGUCUACGCGACGAAGAGGAAAAAUUCCCAGACGACAGACGACAGCAGCAGCUUCCGGGGGAGCAACAGCACCUACUGUUACGUGAAAAAAAUGCUGAAUAAGUUCAAAAAAAUCCGCUACCAGAGGCGGCACAAUCUGCUGACUGGCGAGACGACAGCGACAGCUGAGGAAAUCAAGAAAGCUGAGACCAUGGACCAGGAGAUUGUCUCCCACUGGCACCCCAACAUCACCAUCAACCUCGUCACCGAUCAGACCAACUGGGUGCACGGGCAGGUGCCCCCACCCCUCGACGAGUCCAUCGAGUUCAUCAAGGGGGGCAGUGCCUACAAGCCUGUGAUCCACCUCAACGACUUCUGGAACAUGCAGAGGGACUACCAGCCUCUGAAUGACAGUGUCAAGACGUUGGAGCUGCAUCUCACUUAUCAGCCACUCUCCCUGUUCAAGUGGCAGAUCUACUCGGCGCAGUCCAUGAGGAACAAGUGGACGUCCUCGCUGAUGGGGGAGGCCGCUGACGAGGAGGAUAAUGAUCAGGAUACACUCAAGGAAACUAUUCUAGAGACCAAUCCCGUUUUGCUGGGGAUGACCAUCUUUGUGUCCAUUCUGCACAGUAUUUUUGAAUUCUUGGCGUUUAAAAAUGACAUUCAAUUCUGGAACAACCGAAAAUCCCUGGAAGGAUUAUCAGUCCGAUCAGUCUUCUUCAACGUCUUUCAAUCGCUAGUAGUGCUUCUAUACGUCUUAGAUAACGAAACAAAUACCCUAGUCCGUAUAAGUUGUGGAAUAGGUCUGUGCAUCGAAAUAUGGAAGAUAAAUAAGGUAGUAGACAUAAGCCUCGACCGAGAGAGUCCCAAGGUGUUGGGAGUAUUUCCAAGAGUUACAUUCCGUGACAAAGGAUCGUACGUUGAGUCUUCCACUAAAGAGUACGACAGACUAGCAUUUAAAUAUCUAUCCUGGGCACUCUACCCACUUCUCGGUGGUUACGCCAUUUACUCACUCAUGUAUUUGGAGCAUAAAGGCUGGUACUCGUGGGUUUUAAACAUGCUUUACGGAUUUUUACUGACAUUUGGGUUCAUCAUGAUGACACCACAGCUAUUCAUUAAUUAUAAACUCAAGAGUGUUGCACAUCUGCCGUGGAGAAUGAUGUCUUAUAAAUUCUUGAAUACAUUUAUCGAUGAUAUAUUCGCUUUUGUCAUUAAAAUGCCGACGCUCUAUCGACUCGGCUGUUUCCGCGAUGAUAUAGUGUUCUUUAUAUUUUUGUAUCAACGUUGGAUAUACAAAAUUGAUCAUUCGAGGGUCAACGAGUUUGGCUUCUCCGGGGAAAUGGAGGGCCAGGCUUCGAGUGACGAGAAAAAUAAAUCUGUUGAGAAUUCAGGGACAUGUGCCCCUGUUAAAGCUAUUGAAGGCAGCAAAAAGGAUGAUUAAUGCUGAGUGAGAGAAUUUCGUUAUAAAUAAAUUCCCCUAAUUUGAGUUAGAUGAAUUUGUUAUAUUCGUAUGUAUUGUAAUUAUCGUAUUAAGUUAAUUCUUUUGAACGUGAGUGACGUUAACUGUACCAAAGUACAAAGAGAACUGUCAUAAUAUAGAAAUUGCUGUUCAUCUCA